GCCCAAACUAAAGAACUGAUAUAGAACUACGAAUGGCUAGAUGGCAGUGGCUAUAUGGGGCCAGAAAGGCCGGCUGCCUGGUGAAGUACUGUCCGGAACAAGGGAAGCAUCACCAUCAGUAAGGGUGUUGCUCGCUAGGUGCGUGCUGGGUGGGAGCUUGUCUUGAGACGUUGUAUCGACUUGCAAGUGUCGGUAAGACCAAUAGUCUGCAUCUUGGCAUUAAGCUAGACAGAUUCCCCCAUAACAGUCGCGGUGUUGUGGCUGUGGUGCGACCUGAGGAUAUCCCUCACGAGCCCCUGGAGAGCUCAGGGUGCAUAGGAUUUAUAUCAGAGCCUUCCACCCGAUGUUCGGGCUCAUGAUGUUCUGCCUCUUAAUUACCCACGCGCCGGUUCCUUGCAUAGUACCCCCCUCUUUGUGACCGGCCACGCGCUCUGAAUAUGGAGAACAUACCCCUCCUAAUACUGUACCUAGCGGUACCAAGUCUUCUCAUAUCUGUAUUCCGCCAAUUGCUGUCAUGGAGAAAGAACGGAGGGAGGUCUGGCAAGGUAUUCCCUGGCCCUCAACAGUUCCCGGUCAUCGGUCGAGUCCAUGACCUCGAUAGGUUUUCCAUGUGGAAGAAGUUCAAAGAAUGGGCAGACAUACACGGGCCCAUUUACCGCACCAGUAUGUUAGGCCAGCAAUUCAUCAUCAUCUCCGAUGAGAAGAUUGCCGAAGAGCUCCUCGUAAAGCGAGGGAACAAAUAUUCUGGUCGGCCGCAGAUCCGCGCUCUCUUCGACCAUAAGACUGGCCCUGGCUAUGUUGCAUUGAUGGACCGUCAUGACUAUUGGAAAGAACAGAGAAAAUGGGUCCAUGCUGCCAUGGCCGACUUUCAUCGGCACCACUUCUAUGGAGUGAUCGAGUCUGAAGUACGGCGGUUCCUCGCAGUUCUCUUAAUCGACCCGGCCAAUUUCCACGCUUACACGAGAGAGCACUGCGGGCGUAUCAUGAGCCGCCUCGCCUGGGAUGACGCUACCCAAGGUAAAGAAAACGGUGAGAGUGCUGACUGCACGCUGGGUUGCAUGUCUGUCUCCGGUCCAAUAGUAAACACGAUGACCCCUCUUUGGCACAUACCAUGGGCCCUGAAUCCGUGGAAGAAAUUCGAGCGCAAAAGAGAAGACACGCAGAGAGCAUGGUGGCUCAACUCUUUCCAGAUCGCCAAACAGAGAUACUUGCAAGGUAAUCUGCCCGAGAAUACGUGGUCCUACCGAUACUUUGCCGGCCUUCAACAAGGCGGCAACGCCACCCUCCAACAAGACGCGAAAGAUGAAGAGUUCGCGAGCUGCAUGCUCGGAUUCCAGAACCUAGUUGGAGUCGUCACUAUUGCCGGUCCUAUGGAGUUCUUCCUCAUGGCGAUGUCCCUGAAUCCUGAGUGGCAGAAGAAAGCGCAAGAGGAGAUCGACAGAGUGUGCGGGGAUAGGCUGCCAACAACCGCGGACUUUCCUGAUCUCCCAACGGUGCGGGCAUGUCUGAAAGAAACGCUUCGGUGGCGAUCUGGCGUUCCUCUCGGCGUCCCCCAUCAAUGCGAAGUUGAUGAUGAGUUCCGUGGCGAAUCAAUAAAGAAGGGCACAAUCAUCCUAGCAUGCGAAUGGGCAAUAAACCGCGUGCCGGAGAAGUACCCAGACCCCGAGAAUUUUCGCCCUGAGCGGUACCUCGAGAAAGGCUGGCCGACGUAUCAGGAGCCACUAUCGAGAUAUCCAAACAUGCGCGAGGGAGUCGGCAUGCACACUUUCGGCUGGGGUCGCCGGACGUGCCUAGGCCAGCACAUCGUCGACGACGAGAUGUUUGUCUCGGGUGCCGGCGUACUCUGGGGCUUCAAUCUCGACAGGAAGAGGUGUCCUAAGACCGGAGAAGUCAUCGAGUUCGACACAGAGGCUACUAAUGCCCAUGUCAUUCUGGAGCCACUGCCCUUCCCCUGCGACAUACGGCCACGUAGCCCCGAGCGCGCUGCUCAGAUCCUCAAAUACUAUCAAGACGCCAGAGAAGACCUACGAGUGUAACCAACAUUACAAAUUGAGUUAGUGAGCGUUGAAGAAUCAGUGAUCUUUAUAUAUAUUAACAGAAUUGCUCAAUACCGAUGAAGCAGGAAGAUUGCAUUUGUCAUGCCGCUAUGAUGUACUCGCUCGUUCGGAUAAGCAAGCGGCGCAAGAAUGGAGCAGGAUGCAAGUUUGAUAUGAUAGAGAUAGAAUAUGAUUGCACCAUAGCGGGGGCUGGUUAUUAUAUUGGAUGACCAUACUGUACUGAUAGGUCACCACACAAUGUGACUCGACACAGUUUCACCCAUCCAUCUUUCUUUUCUUACAAUAUAGCUAAGGCAUUCGGCGGCGAUGCUAUUCCUGAGACGACGUUGA